GCGAAAGGCGGCCUAUCCAUUGAUACGGCAGAGAGAGAGAAUACCUAGGUGGUACCUAUGGACUCUGCAGAAAAUGCGAUACAGGGCCGGGGGGGUCACGACCCUAUUAUGCCCGCGGCGGCCGAGAUUCUUCGGUCAGCCGAAAAGCUUGGGAGGCUUAUCGAAGUCUACUGGGAAGCCGCUGCGGGACCAUAUCGGGAUAAUCCCGAAGCCUUGUCGGUGAUGCACUUGGCCAUCAUGGAGCUGUGGAUAACCAUAGACGAUUCGACGGCCAACCUGGUUCCUCUUCUGCGCGAUUACGACACCGGGUUCCUGCCCGGCCUUUUGGAUGACCUGGUGCUGCCCAAGAGAGAGCAGAUGGCCCGGCUGGCCAGGGUCGAGGAUUACCUUGAGCGGCGGAGAGUCGGCGCAGGCGGUCGUGGUCCUCCCUGGCAGCUCCGGUCCGGCGACGGUUCCUGGUCCAAAACUUGCUUCGCCGCGCGCUACUACGACUCAUCCCCCCGGCACCGACAGUUGUGCCGAGAGAUCGUUUGCGAAGCCAAGACGAGAAUAACCGAAUUGAGAAUAGUCGAGAUGACGCGGCAUCCGAGACUCCUUUGGCCACUCCCGAAGAACGACACGGCGGCCAAGGCCAUCGUAUUCGAGGCCGCCGCCCCGGCCGUCAUUACGACGUGGAGAGAGAUCACGCUGAGUAUCCUUACCGGGCUCUGCGGUACCUCGGCCAACAUGCAACCGGAAUCUCGGUGGGUGCUCUACCGCCCCGACGACCACCCCAUCAUCAAGGACGUUGCGCCGAACCGUCGCAGUGGGCAGCUGCGUUUUCAGCUCGCGCGUGAUUGCAGCAAGCAAUGGGCUUCUUCUGUCACGGACGAAUACUACUUCUAUUGCAGCGGGCCAAGGGCCCCUCCUCCACGCCUUGGUCGUGUCCGACUUGUCACGGACGAAUACUACUUCUACGACACGUGCCGUUCAAGAAAUGGCUUCUGCCGCCUACCGACGUCGUUCCUCCCUGUGUUACGCCGACGGCAGGGUUACCCGCCCGACGCCACACCGCAGAUACUACGGGAAUGGAUUCUUGGCACUGCUCAUACCGCGAACAGCGUGCUGGCGGCACUGCCCCACUGCCCGGACAACAUGACGCCAAACGAGUUCCGGGCCUUUGGAGGCCUACGGGCCGGCCCACGGCUUCAAUGGUACAACAUCCUGCUGCAGCUCCUCAUGCCUUCACUCGACCUGAACCGGCCUGAAGUCUUCUUCCUGGUCAUGCAGGCAGCACACGAAGUGGGUCCUAGGGGGGGAGAAGAACAACGCAUGGAUGAUGAUGACCACAUCCUCCGCAGCACGCACGCUAUCCUCGGUGAGGGGCAGUUUGCGAAGGCGCUUCACUUGGCUCUCGAGGAGGCGCUGGGACGCAUCAUGACGAAACAGGGAUGUGAAGUGGCCCUAUGUAUCCUCGUCGGUCUCGGGGCCCGACUGCUAUCGGUGUCGCGGGACCGGGCCAUACAAGCCAAGUGCCUGGGCUAUCUGCGCUGGAUUCGGGACAAGUCGAUAGGGUGGGCGCGGGACUUUGACACCGAACUACGCGAAAGCGGCACGGCCGACGGGGCACGGCGGCACAGCAGUCUGGGCUGGCGCGCCCGUAUGAUGGCGCUCAUCUGCCAUGCCACCUUUGACGUCGGCGCCGCGCACAUGCGGGAGCUCCUCUCCGACGACGGGUCGGCAGCAGUGCUCAUCGAGGCGUCGAUUCGCGCCGCCGAGCACGCUCCCCACGUGGUCGCUCAAGAAGGGACAGCACCCAACAACGAUGGCGCCACCAGGGCUGUCCUCGAUGUGUUCCGCCACCGCUCGCGCCGACUGUCGUACGAGGUCGAACAUCAGCUGCGCGCCUACAUCGUCGACCAGGGCAGCAGCUGUCUCGACCAGGCCGUGCAGGCGGUCUGGCCGUCAUACGCGUGGCGAGCCGUAUGGGCUGCCGAGGCGGCUCCGUACGAGCAUGUUCUUGUCGCCAGCCCGGAUGCUCUGUCACUACGGUACGACCUCCUGACGGGCAGCCUCUCGGUGGGCGGCCUACCGUUUACUACCUUCCCGGCCAGCUUCUGCGACAACGCAACGUACCGGCGCCUGCUCGGGCAUGCCGUCUUCACUGUGGUGCCGUCUCACAUGUGGCAGCAGGGCAUGCAGUACAUGACAACCUCGAAACACCACGACCACGAGCUGCACUUUGCCAUGGUGCGGGGGGGAGGAGACCAGCAGCAGCAGACGCUCGUGGUGCGGUCCGAGAAGGACGGCAUCCAGUACGAGCUGAUCCCGGCCGAAAGCCUUCGCAAUGACUUCCCCCGCCACCUCGUCACCGACUAUACGCACUGGUUCGCGCCGGACAAGCGCUACAUCGAGUUCCGGCCGCUCGACAGGACCUGGCAAACGCGGCGGGAUACCGGUCCCGCCCCGUUUGCAGGUUACGUGCUGCACCUUUCCAAAUAUUCGGAUGGCCCCCGUUUCAGUCGAGCAGGGGAGUCGCGCUUCGCCAUCAACGUCCGGAGCGAGACGGCCAACGCUGUGUACAGCAUCUUGUGGCCACUGGAACCACCCUGCUUUAUCGAGAUGGCCUGGGAGCCCGAUCGCGCGGCCCUUGAUAUUGCCCUGCCACGGCUGCACUUAUCCUUCCGUCUCGGGGCCGGCGGUUGUGCGGUUACGUCGGUGCAGUACAAGGGCUACGCCAUCGACGCCUCGCAGCACAUCGGGACACUGUCGGGGCUGGAGACCAAGCUCGUGCUCCGGCGCACCGAGGAGGAACCGGGAGAUCGGCUGGUUCUCAUUCCCCUCGGCUCCGUCUCCUUCACAGCCGGCGCACAUGGGCGCGCGCAGUCGACGAAAAUCGAUGUUACCACUGGCCGUGCCGAGUACCGGGGACUCCCCACUGUUGCUGGCCGUGCCCAAUACCACGCCUUUAGCGUAGAUACCGUCCUUGGCUGUCUACGGGACGACGGCACCCUGAGCAGCAAGCUGCUCCUCUGCCAGCUGCAUGCCAUGACCACGCACUGUCUCCCAGACCGGCUGACGGGCCGCACGGGCACGGACGAGGCGCUCCGCAUUUUAGGCUCAGCCGCCGUUCGAUCACUUCUCCGCGACCUACCGCCCCGCAGCAUCGACUUCCUACACGGCCUAGAGACAACUUACGCCGGGGCCAUAGCCCACAUGAAGGUCCGGUCCCUCCUAGGCAUCCGAGAACCGCCGUCCCCACGGGACGGAGACGGCCAGCCUUUGUCUGACGGCGAUAAAAAGCUCCGUGAUGUUAUCCGCGACCUGCCAGAUGCGUACUUUGUUCUCUUGCGUCGCAUCUAUAGCAUCAGCCCCAGGUUUGAGGAAUGUGGGCUGUCGAUCCGAUGGUCCGCAUCCGCACCUCGAACAGCACAGAGCGACGCGUUUUCCCGCCUCGUGUCCGGUCUCGCCGGCAUGCGUCCCGAGUCUGACAUGAUCGAGAGCGCGGCGCGACGCAGGGCCGCACGGAUGUCGGCUUACGUCGUAUCCCAGUACGACAACCACCAACAUCACUCAGCAGCAGCAGCGGUGGAUGACAUCAUAUACGAGUCAUGCCGCUACCCCGAGCUCUCGAAUCGCAAACAGCGCUACCCCAAGCGUGACCGUUACGACUGGGAGCUCGAUACCUGCGCCAUCAUUCAAGUCAUCAUGGGCGGCAGCAACGACGGCAGCGUUUCGACAGCAGCAACAGCCGGGUCGCCGUCGGACCCAGGGACGCGUGGAGCCGGUGCUGUUGCCCGAUGCUUGGAGAGGCUAAUAAAUGCUCUACUAUCCGGGGAGGACGAUAAUCGUGGGAAGGCCGUGAGCGGAUGCCUUGCCGGAAUGACCAUCUGCCUCAGUGAAUGGCCAACGGUAGCAAGUACCGACGGCGUGGCACCGGCACCGGCGCCGGAACUAGCCAGGAAGCGGAUCGGCUUGGCGAGCAUCGAGGACAUGUUUACCACGCAGGAACCGCCGCAACCGAUACAGCAGCACCCCAACACCGACGGGCCGCAGCGGCACCUCGACGUGUUGUUGGCACGGUGCGGUGAACGCAGCAACAACGAGCGGGACACGCACAACGAGGAACACAAAGCGCUAGGACGCCUCUGUAGCGAGCUCAGGGACAUGUCCUCGCACAAGUACGAGCGCGGCUACGUCGACAUGCUCGAGCAGAGCGUCGCCGCCCUCCGGGAACGGCCCGGGGGCGAGACGUCGGCGGGUCUGGGGGCAAUAGACGAGAUGGCGCGCGAACUACUGCUGAGGCACAGGGAAGCGUGCCGGAUCGAGGUCGCCGCCAGGUUCGCAGCGAUAUGCAGUGCACUUGUCGGCGGCGGUGCUGGUAACCACUACCACAGCCAGUACCCAUCACAGGUGGCGAGGCUGCCAGUCAUCACGCCCAUGAUGCUCCUCGAGCGCCUGUCGAGACGGCACCGAGCCGGGCUGCCGGAAGCGUGGCGGCGCUGUCUUGUCGACUACGCCGUCUCGCUGACGUCGCUGCAGCGGGCCGGACGACUGGUGAGGGCGGCGGCCGGGAACGACGGGAAGCGGCUGGCCAGGGAGCUCGGCAACGUCGGCCACGAGGGGUGGGACCCCUUUGCUUUCCCGGACUGGCUGCUGCUCGAGGUGGAAAGGGACCUGCUUAUCCGGCCGGUCCAGGCACACAUCGCCCGGGCCAUGAUCGAGCCGCCAGACGGGCGCAGCUGCGUCAUGCAGCUCAACAUGGGCGAGGGCAAGUCGUCAGUCAUCAUGCCCAUGGUGGCGGCCGCCAUCGCCGACGACGGGUCCCGUCUCGCGCGUGUCGUCGUGGCCCGGCCGCAGCGCAAGCAGAUGAUGCACACGCUCAGCCGCGCGCUGGGGGGCCUGCUGGGGCGUCACGUCCACCAAAUGCCCCUGGCGAGGGGCGGCGCCGGCACCGGCUUCCUGAAGCGCCUGCAUGCCGAAUACCUCGGGUGCGUGUCGAGCGGCGGCGUCGUGCUGGCCCAGCACGAGAACAUGCUGUCGCUGAGGCUGUCGUGCAUUGAGGCCAUGUUACGCGUCCGCGACAGGGUCCGAGCCAAGCAUACCCUGGCCAUGAAGCUACCGAUGCUGGGUGCUCUAGCCAAGCGUACCCUGGUUUCCAUGCUACCGAGGCGGGCAGACACGGCAGCAGACUGGGGAGAGUGGAUAGUAGAUAGGAUGGACGAGUUCUUGGAAGGACUAGGAUCCAUCGUGGACUCCGUCGUGACGGAGAUGGAUGCAGCCGCUAGCGCCGUGGACCAGGCCGAGGCCUCGGUUGGUCUGCAGCGUUUCCUCGACAGCAAGGCGAGGGACGUCAUCGACGAGAGCGACGAGAUCCUCGGCACUCGUUCGGAGCUCGUCUACACCAUGGGCUUACCCAGCCCACCGGACCUUAGCCCCCUGCGGUGGCAGCUUAUCCAGAGCGUGCUCGGGCUCGUCGCCGACAUAGCCUGUGACACGGUGGCUAAGCACCCGGACGAGAUCGAGCUGGUGCCCGGGGCGGGCGCGGGGAGUUUCCCCACCGUCAGGAUCCUCAACGAGCGCGGUGCGGACAUGUUGACCCGCGAACUGGGAGAGCGCAUCUGCGCCCUCGGGGCUCUCCCCGAGUUCCCGUAUGCCGCAGACAAGCCGCGGCAGAAGAUGGAGGCGAUCCAGCGAUACAUGACGCAGUACAAGCCGGACGCGGAGGACGUCGCCGCGGUAGAAACAAUAUUCGCCACCGACGACAUGCGGGGGCGGCUCCUCCUCCUCCGGGGCCUGAUCGCCCACGGCGUCUUGUCCUUUUCGCUGCGGCAGCGGUGGCGGGUCAACUACGGGCGCACCGACACACGGGAACCACCCACGGGGCUGGCCGUGCCCUUCCGCGCCAAAGAUCUUCCAGCCCCGAGGUCCGAGUUUAGCCAUCCAGACGUGCUUAUCGCCCUAACAUGCCUGAGCUACUAUUACGGCGGUCUGAGCGACGACGACCUGUUCUGCUCGAUCGAGCGGCUCUUCGCCUCGGGCCAGGGAGAACAGGAAUACCUGAGCUGGGUGCGGGCCGCGCCCGACAACAUCCCCCACGAGUUCCACCGGCUAAGCGCCCUCGACCUGGGGGACCGCGGGCGCUGCGCCGCCGCAGCAUUUCCCCACCUGCGCCACCUCAAGCCGGCCAUCGAUUACUACCUCGGCAACGUGCUCUUCACUCGCGAGAUGCACGACUUUUCCCAGAAGCUCUCCGGGUCGGCCUGGUCACUCGUGGCCGGGGGAGCCCAACGACUGCCGGGUGGCGGCGCUGCCCUGGCCACCACCACCGGCUUCAGCGGUACCCACGACGCCGGGUAUCUCCUGCCGCUGGGCAUCAAGACCCUCGACUUGAAAACACAGAGACACACCGACGCUCUUGUGCUCGGCCGGCUGCUGCGGCCCGAGAACAAGGUGCGGGACCUCGCACCAUCGUCAGACACGGACACGGACACGGACGCGGACACGGCCUUCUUCUUCUCUCCGGAUGACGUCGCUGCCGGCCCCGACCCGUCGUCCCGGGCUAGGGCCAUGGGGCUCGUCAACUGCAUCAUCGCCGCGUCCCAGCCGCCGGUCCGCGUCAUCAUCGACGCCGGCGCGCAGAUCAUAGAGCUGGACAACGCCGAGAUCGCGCGGGGCUGGCUGGCGCGGGACAAGACGGCCGACGCGGCCGUCUUCUUCGACAGCCACGGCGACUUGCGCGUCGUGGCGAGGGGCGGCGCGACCGAGCCGUUCCUGACAUCGUCGUACGCCAUGAACAUGGCACCCUGUCUCGUCUUCCUCGACGAGGCGCAUGCGCGCGGCACCGACCUCGCCCUGCCCGACGACUACCGCGCCGCCGUGACGCUGGGGCCGGCGCUGACCAAGGACAAGCUCGUGCAAGCGUGCAUGCGGAUGCGGGAGCUCGGCCGCGGCCAGUCGGUUGUCUUUUUCGCACCGGCCGAGGUCCGGCACGGGAUCCGGACGCUGCGCGAGAUACCAGCAAACGGCGACAUCGAGGUCGCCGACGUGCUGGCCUGGUCCAUUAGCGAAACGUGGCGCGAAACGCGCCUGGCGGUGCCGACGUGGGCGGCCCAGGGGAGGCGGCACCAGCGCCAGCGGCGGCUCUGGCAGCAGGCGGACAAGGGGAACCGCUACGGACUCGGUCGCGACGCCUGUAUGGAGUUCCUCGAAACCGAGGUCACGAAGCUAAGCGACCAAUAUCGCCCCGGGGGUGGCAGUGCAUCCUCCUCGAGCCAAACUCCCUCCUCCUCGCCUCUAACGGCGGAUACCACCGACGCGAUCCAAGCUCGAUGUGAAGAAUUCGGGGUGGUCGACCAAAGAGAGCGCGGCUCGCGGCCGCUCGGACAAGAGCAGGAACGCGAGCUGUUGGUGGAACGCGAGGAAGAGCGCGUCGAGGAGAAGCCGGCGACGGCAAAGGCCGUCGUGCCGCGGCUCCACGCAGACGUCGAGGCGUUUGUCAUGACGGGCGUGAUCCCGAAAGGCUCGAGAGCCUUUAAGCCGGCUUUCCGCACCUUGGCCGGGACCAGCGCGGCCGGCUUCCUCGGCGGCCUGCGUUUCCCACCCGACCUCAUCCUCCUCGCCACGGCGGACUUCGGACGCACCGUGACACUGUCCGAGGCCGGCUCACCACUGGACGCUUACCAGCGCUCGGUACAGUGGAUUGCCACCGCACCCGCCGCUUCUUCCGGCAACGGCGGCGGCGGCGGUGUUGGUAAGGAAGGGAAUUCGCCACGCGGUGCUUCUUCCCCGGAGGCGGUCACGGUCGUCUUGCUGAGCCCCUGGGAGGCCAACGCGCUAAUGCCGGCCUUUGAGGCGGGCCGCACGGCCGCGCGGCUGCACCUCUUCGCGCCGCGCACCAGCCUGCAUACCCGCUCCGCCGAAAACCUGCAGCUGUACGUCAUACCGUCACUACCGUCACCCCCGCCGCUUAAAUGGCAAGUGCCCCGCGAGCUGGUUAUCGCCCUGCUGCUCUUCGCCGGCCAGCUUUACCUGCGCUCCCACGAGGACUACGUUUACGCGUGCGAGUUCUUGGGCGUCCCGCACGGCAGCCGCAAGGGGGGGGCGGCGGCGGCGGCGGCGGGCGGCGGCGGCUUCUUCGGUCCCGCUGCCCUUUCCUUCCUGGCCGAGCUGUUCGGCCGGAUCCGCCACCCGGCGACCGACAUUUCGAGCACCGACGUCGGCCACAUCCUCGCCGGCAAGGUGCUGCCCGAAAGCGCUUUUUCCUGGCCGCCGGGGCGCGGCAAAUAAUGAGUUGUGCUGCGAGGGGACAACCGUUCGUUAACUCGGCCGGUGGGGGCGGGGGGGGACACGUAUUGAAGGCGUGGUAAGGAAAACGAAGAAAAGGUUGCUGCUAACCCGUGCUGUACUUAUGCAUUACUGCUGCUUUACUUACCGGCCGAGGAUUUGCCAAAGUUAUACAGCGGAAUAGCCCCCUUCUUGGCGUGCACUCCCUUAAACUCGGAAAAAACCAAGCAGCUGGCGCUAUUGUGGAUGGUUUCGGUUUUUUUUAAAGAACGAGAGCCCAAUUAAGGCGUCGUGCUCGUACCCCUUAACGAUAACGAACUUAACGUCGACCCAUAGCUUGUUCUUGCCGUUAAGAUUCCACUUAACGUCGAUAUACGGGCACUUUUUGCGUUCGGAGCCGUCGGCCAUUAGCAAGGAUUGGAAGCGAAGCAAGUCCAUCGUAUCUUAUGCUUUUAAAACCAUUCCAGCUUAACUAGGUUGCAGCUUCCGCCCGUAUCAAUUAACAACUCAAUGGGCAAGCCGUUUAGCCGCUUUAAAAAAGUUAAAAAGUCGGCGUUGUUCCCAAAAACAACCUUUACGUCGUCGUUGUCGUCGGCGGCGGCGGCGGCGGCGGCUUUAGCGAAAGUUUUUACCCAAAUCAAAAUUAAAAACGUUCCC